GCUACGGAUUGUUAGUGAACUUCCAGGUCUACCUAUUUGAAGACAUCGAACUAUUCUCUUUAGUUAAUACAUCAUCAUCACCUCCCUAAUAAUUACCCCGGCUCAUAUACAACAUCCUAAUAUCGAAGAGGAAUAAUUCUCGAAUUUAAACUAAAUUCGCAGGCGAGGGAACCCGAUUUAUUUUUCAAUUGUUGCAAUACGUAUCUGCCGAACAUCGAACGCUUCUAGACACGUAAACUAUUAUCACCACCUUUAUCGGCCACGCACACGAUCAACCUCCUAGUGCCACCUAGCACUUAACAGAAGCCGACUACACAAACAAGAUGAUUAGAUCAACACAGAUAGCCCGCUUGGGCGACGGCUUAAUGCUUUGCGCAUCUGUAGACGAUGAACAAACAGAAUCCUCCCUCAGCGAAGUGAAGUCGCAAACGAAGAUCAUACUACGACGACUAAACCACAACUCCGAGCCGCAAGCCAGCAUCGAGAGCGGCAGCUACACAUUACACUACUUAAUUGCCAACGACGUAGUCUACAUCUGCAUAAGCGAGCGGUCCUACCCCCGCAAACUAGCAUUCACCUACCUCUCCGACCUCUCCUUCGAAUUCGCGCAAACCUACUCCGCACAGCUAACCUCGCCCUCUCUCCGGCCCUACGCAUUCAUGGAAUUCGACACCUUCAUCGGGCGCACGAAAGCGCUAUACGCCGACGCGCGCGCAGCCCAGAACCUCGACCGACUAAACGACGAGCUGCGCGACGUGACGAAGGUGAUGACGAAGAACAUCGAGGACUUGUUGUAUCGUGGUGAUAGUCUGGAUAAGAUGGGCGAGAUGAGCUCGCGGUUGCGCGACGAUAGUAGGAAGUACCGCAAGGCGGCUGUGAAGAUCAAUUGGGACCUUUUGAUAAAACAGUACGCGCCGAUUGGGGUGUUUGUCUUGAUUGUGUUGGUGUUUAUUUGGUUGCGGUUCUUUUAAAUCUAGCGAUAGGCUGCUUUUGGACUGGUGUUGGUAGAAAUCGACGGAUCGUUCGUCGAGAGUGUGGGCGACGAGCUCAUGGAUGUACAGACGUAAUGCUGAUUGUCAUGAAUAUACAUAAUCACAGAGAA